ACUCCAUUUUGCUUAGCAAACCAAAGAAACUCCUUUUUGCUUAGAAACUAGCUAAAAGCUCUAACUUAGAGUAACCUCAGCUCAGCUCAGGGACACAAACUCUGCAACAUUGUCUUUACAACAGUAUUCAUUACUCCUAUCUGUCUAGCUGGCAAAGUAACAAUUGAAAUGCUAACGAAGUAGCGACUGCAAUGCUAAAAUGCUAGGUUCCCAAGAGAACGCUUGAAAUGCUAAUGCUGAGGGAAAAGUGGAUCUAACCAUAUUAGGGAAAUCACCUGAUGAACAAUAGUCAAGUCACGCAUGCGUACUUGAAAGAGGUCAGGUCAUUGGUUUGCUUUGUGUAUUGGGGCCGGGAGCUUUAGCAUUCAUGUUGAUGUUUGUAUAAAAGGAGCAUCUCAAGCUGUUAAUAAUUUGUAUUCAAUGUGGAGCGUGAGCCCCGUUGUUUACCCUGUCUGUAGCAGCAAAUAAAGAUGCCUCUGAUUGAUUCCCACUGAGUCUGUUUGAUUGGCAAAAGGUAGACCCAAGACGAACCGGUUACACAUCAAUUUGGUGCCAUGACUCGGAUGUGACUUGGGUGGACGAUUUGACCCAUCGCGGGACAAUGAAAUCCAGCACGCACCACAGCCUUUGUCUGAGGAGGAUUAUCGUGGCCCCGGGACGUGCCAGUCGUUACAACACACUGCAUCUGGGAAUCGAGGCAAGAGUGAAUGGAAGUUUGAACGGAGAGUGAAAUCCAAGGACGUCUUUGGCAACACAACGGGCGCCACUAGAGGGACCACAACACCCUUUCCAGCCAGGCGAUCAGGUGUACCUUGAGAAAUGGCAGAAGCCUAACCUCGAUCCAAGGUGGACGGGACCGUUUACAGUGCUCCUAGUGACCCAAACUGCAGUUUGUCUCUCUGGAUCAAAGACUUGGACCCAUCACAUCCGAGUGAGAUACGCACCUACACCAGCGAAGGAACCAGAAGACAACAACUGGGCAGUGACCAAGCGUGAAGACCUGAGACUCACUUUACGCAAACAGCCACCACCAAAAACCCCACCAGAGCCUCUUUCCCUUGAAGAUACUCUGGUAGUGUGGGAAGCAAUGGAUGAAGGACACUUUUAAUUUUCUCAAACAUUUUUUUCCUGCAAAGAAAAAUAUUUUUUUUUUAUUUUCUUCCUCUUCCUUUAAUUUUUCCUGUACAAAGGGAGAAUGUAUCUCUUUUGGUGUUUGUCACAUUAUUUCCUGUGUACAUGGUCAGUUCAACACCCACAUGCUCCACUUUUACAGACUUUAGCUGACAUUGCCAACUUAUAUGACUGCUGGCUAUGCAGUCACAUGGCAAGCACAGAAGGGGAUAUUUUAAAUGUAGUGGCCGUUCCAGUCACACUUGGUUGGUGGAUUACUUAUCCACAAACCACAGAACAGCCCCAAUAUUUUUCAAAUUACACUACUUAUUGGUCUUGGGGAAAACACAAAGAAACAAUUCACUACCAGGGAAGAAGCAUUAGUUAUAAUCGCUAUGGAUACACUAACAGGGAGACUCUCAACAGAAAUGCCCUUGGUAUCCCAGAUAUUAAGCUCUCAAGUCACGGCUUACAUCCUAUCUGUAUUGAAAAUAGAAAUGGUACAGGGAAGUUUCUGGGGGUGAAUCCCUACCACAGCUGUAGACACAUAGUGUCCUUUAACAGCACGGAUGGAACAUGGUUCUCUCAACACAGAGAGAACAAACUAGAAUGUUUUCAUAUUCCUUUUGAUUUAGGAAUACCUACUUCUCUUAGAGAAUUUCUUUUUCUUAACUUCACAAACUCAGAAUGGAUUACUGUUUCUAAAGCCCUGAACCUUUAUAAUUUUCCCAUAUAUCUUACAAAAGGGCUUGGCCUUUGUCAACAGGCAAACCAAACUGAUCAUGUUUGUGAUGGCUCUAAUUUUAACACGCACACGCCUUGGUAUGACAUCUGGGUGACAAUUGCAUGUGCUUAUCCAGUGGGAGUGUCUAAGACAUGGAAACAUUUGUUUGGCAAUGCAGGUAAAGACAUUGUGGAUUUAUGUAGCCAUUAUGUAAAUCUACCUCGUUCAGGAAACAACUUAAUUGUUGCCUUACCAGCAGGCCUUUAUUGCCUAUCGUGCAUUACCCCCAGGAUGGACAGGCAGAUGUGCCCCAGCCCAUUUAGCACCUACCAUUUAUGUAAAACCUACACUUAAUGCAUCACAAGUUCUUAAUCUUGGAAGCUUGUUACACAGAACACGAAGACGAGCCAAAAUCAAUUAUGUUCCAAACCCUUUUGCCACACGAAACACAAAGUUCUAUCAAUGGGCAAGGACUAUAUUACCUAGAUUAGGAGUCAAUCAACUAGAAAAAGCUAUCAUUAAUAUUUCCAGACAAAUCGAACUCUCAUUUAACCAGACUCUCUUGGCCUUAACUGAUAUGGGUACAGAGAUAAACUCAUUAGGAGAAGUAGUUAUGCAAAAUCGCAGAACUUUAGAUAUACUCACAGCCCAAGGUGGGGGGGGGGCUUGCGCAUUCCUAGGUGAAGUCUGCUGUUUUUAUGUCAAUGAGACUGGAUCCAUCGCUGAUCAUGUUCAGAAUCUUAAAGAUCAACUCCAAAUAUGGCAUAAUAUGGGAAAGGAAAACCCUAUGGAUAUAUGGGCAUGGCUCACUUCUUGGUUACCCAAUUGGGGAUUGUGGGCACAGAAGACAAUCAUAAUUAUAGUAUUAUUUUUCUGUUAUUGAUAAUCACAUGUUGCUGCUUACAAUGGAUUCCAACUUUAAUCCAAAUGCUUAUGAAAACCUUUAGACCCCGCCUCAGUAUAGGGCCUAAAUAUACAUCAGUACCCUUACAAGCCUUGAUGAGGGCAUCCUGAAGCAUCCUGAAGAUUCAGGAUGAUCCAAUUGUUUCAGGGGGGAAUUAAUGUGUUUUAAGUAAACCAAAGCAACUCCAUUUUGCUUAGCAAACCAAAGAAACUCCUUUUUGCUUAGAAAGCUAAAAGCUCUUAGAGUAACCUCAGCUCAGCUCAGGGACACAAACUCUGCAACAUUGUCUUUACAACUGCAUUCAUUACUCCUAUCUGUCUAGCUGGCAAAGUAACAAUUGAAAUGCUAACGAAGUAGCGACUGCAAUGCUAAAAUGCUAGGUUCCCAAGAGAACGCUUGAAAUGCUAAUGCUGAGGGAAAAGUGGAUCUAACCAUAUUAGGGAAAUCACCUGAUGAACAAUAGUCAAGUCACGCAUGCGUACUUGAAAGAGGUCAGGUCAUAGGUUUGCUAUGUGUAUUGGGGCCGGGAGCUUUAGCAUUCAUGUUGAUGUUUGUAUAAAAGGAGCAUCUCAAGCUGUAUUCAAUGUGGAGCGUGAGCCCCGUUGUUUACCCUGUCUGCAGCAGCAAAUAAAGAUGCCUCUGA